AUGUCGCUGUACCGGCCUGUCUACCAGAGCGUCCUUACGCAGGAGCCGAUCGACGAGACCCCCGAAAACCGCUGGGAGGGCGAGUCGAAUGGUGAAAGUCGACCAUCCGGGCCGCCGGAUGUGAAGCGUCGGGGGCGAUCGGUGCGUGAUCGGCUCAACACCAUCGUCAGCAUGUACGUGCCGAGCUCAGGCCAGCAACGGAUCCAGCCGUCACGGUUGGGUUACCAGGCCGUGCCCACCAGAGAAAAAGAGGAUAAGGCAAAAUGCCCGAGUUCAGAGGGCACGACGGUUGCCACGACAGCCGGCUCGAUUAGCCUGAACGAGGUGGUGGAUGGUUCGGACACCAACUACGAGAUCCAAUUUCUGUUUCGCGGCCUCGACCUGAUCGACGAACUCUGUAAGUGUGUCUCAGCUGCACCGAGUAUCAAAGACACCGGCGAAGCGCAUGCAAGGGCACGAAAGAUUGUUGCCCUUGCCUACGCUGCAGACAGUUUGCUCAUCUGCCUUGAAGAUCUGCCCUACAUCUUCAUCAUAGCCGCUCCAGGCUCGUCGAUCCCGUUGGCCGGCAAAGAGGAGGAGGUCAGCUACAUGCCCAGGUCGUCCGAGUCUACGUCACACCCGCAAUCUGGAUGCUCACAUGGUCUGCAGGAACGGGCGCAGACGAUGGUCGGCGAGCCUGGCGUCAGUCAAUAUCUGGAACCGGAGGACGUCGUCAUUCAGACGUGGAUUCAUCUCAAUCUAGGCGACAACGGUGAGCUCUAUCCGAGCGAGAUUUGUGCCCGUGGAAACGCGAAUACAGGCAGCCUUGAGGAGGUAUAUGUGACGGGCAGGACAUUUGUGGCCGAGAUGAAGAAAGGACCAAAGUUGCCACACUUUCUGCUCCUUCGGCUGACGCUCAACGAUGCUCCACCUCUGCGCAGUCGUGUCUAUGACUACCAGCGCUACGCUGGCGUUGAUAUAGACGCUGACGGCCAUCUGCUUCUGGCAUGUCCUGCUAUACUUCGUCCUUCAGAAAAGGUGUGUAUUCUUUUAUGCAGAAUGUGA